CCGACUCGGAAGUGCGAUCAGCAUGCCCAGGUGGAUGCGUUGGUAGCCGGUUUCCAUAUCCCUAUGAACAAUCGCGAAACCCACCUGUAAUGACCUCAAUAGUUUCAAGUAGUUUUGUAUCUGUUCUUCUUCGACAUGAACAAAAUUUAGCCUCACGGCGGGAAGAAAGAGGCAAGUCCUAGUAAGACGUUGACUUGAUGCCAGCAAAGCGGGGGAGAUUUCAGCUUUACAACCUGGCGAGCCUCGGGCCUUCACUCCCCCGCUUCGACGUGAGCAUCUCUCCAUCAUUUCUAUCAGAGCCAUCUGGUAAAUAUCACAACUUUAUUUCAGCCAAGGAGCCUUCCAUAUGUCUACUAUUCCUUCAGCGGAGGUCGUUGAUGGUUGCAAGACCUUCAUCCCUCUUGAAAACAAUCCCGAUGUGCUGAGUUAUCUUUGCGGGAAUCUCAGUAUCUCACAAGAUCUUGCAUUUCAUGAUAUCCUCUCGUUGUCACCGGAAUUCGUAGGAGAGUGGUACCCCCGACCUUGUCAUGCCUUGAUUCUACUCGCACACACGCCGAUCUACGAAGCUGCCCGCUCGACAAUUGAGCCAACCAUCACAGAAUAUCACAGCUCAGGCCCCCAUGAGCCAGUUCUAUGGAUGAGACAGACUAUCGGACAUGCUUGUGGGCUGAUGGCACUUUUGCACAUAGUCUUUAACCUGGAAGGUCGUCGAUAUGUCACUCCAGGUUCGGAACUAGACACCCUCCUCCAGCAAGCUAUCCAAUUGGGUCCAACGGAGCGAGCUCAAUUACUCUAUGACUCCAAGUUUCUCGAAGAGGCCCAUAUGGACGCGGCCUCGGGCGGAUCCUCGACUGCCCCCUCGCCCCGGGACGAGAAUCAUCAUCAUUUCGUGGCUUUUGUUCAGGAAGAAGGGCAAGUGUGGGAGUUGAAUGGAGGCAUGAAUGGACCCCUGCUACGAGGAACACUAGAUCAGGGGGAAGAUCUACUGAGUGAGAAAGGGCUCAGUCUCACCGUGAAAGAUUUCUUGGACGCUGCUGAACAAGACGGCCAUGAACAGAUGAGUAUUGUCGCAGUCACUGGAGCCAAUGCUGUUGCUCCACGUUCAACUUGAAAGAUCGUAUUCAUUCAGCAGAUGCAACGGAUAGUCACGGUCCUUGCAAGUUGGUGAGAGCAUGUUGCGAAGUAAGAAUCAAACACCUUGAAUAGCUCGUACACUCGACCCCUAUCCGACGCGACCGAAGUAGCGUUCAAUUAGAAUGUAAAGGCUUCGUCACUAGGAAAGCGUUCUUACAGGUGACUGUGUAAGUGGGUACAAGCAUUACCAUAGGGGUAUUGAGACGGAAUGAAUAGGUUGGAUUGAUGGAGUGAAAGAAGGCUGGGGUAGUCGGUUAUCUGUCUUUUCGAGGACGACUUGCGGGCACUGGAAACUACAUUGUCCUUACUGUUAUGAAGCCAAACGUGUCAAGCUACCGGUUCGUGACCCGACGGCCCAUCCAAUGCAGA